AUGGCUGGAAAUAAUGAAGAAGAAAUGACUCACUUGAGAAAUUUGUUAGCCAGGGAGUUUGAGAUUAAGGAUUUGGGAAAGUUGAGAUAUUUCCUUGCAAUAGAAGUUGCUAGGUCGGAAAAAGAGAUUUUUAUUUCUCAGAGAGCGUACAUCCUUGAUCUCUUUAAUGAAACUGGUAUGUUGGGAUGUAAACCUGCAGAAUCACCUAUUGAAGCCAAUCAUAAGCUUCAAGCUGGAGUGGGAAGUUCAGUUGAUGUUGGUAGAUAUCAAAGAUUGGUAGGGAGGUUGAUUUGCCUUGCCCAUACUAGACCAGAUAUUGCAUAUGCUGCAAUAAAGAAGCGGAUUGGUCUAGUUACCUUAAUGACAAGAGAUCAACCUCAGGUUGUUGUGUUUUUGUUGGAGGAAACCUGGUCACAUGGAGAAGCAAAAAGCAGGGUGUUGUUGCAAGGUCCAGUGCAUAAGCUGAAUAUAGAGCUAUGGCACCGGGAAUCUGUGAACUUCUAUGGUUGCACAGAUUAA